AGGGCGGUGCCGAGGGGCCGGGGCUAGGGCUGCGGCUCCGCCGGAAGUGCCCGCCCGCCCGCCUGCCCGCCCGGGGCGUCCUCGGAGGAGACCGCGCGGACGAGCCGACCGAGCGUCUCGCUGCCCCGCAGGUUCUCAGCCCUGGUUCUAAGAUGAUAGGAUUGGGGAAUGGGCGUCGCAGCAUGAAGUCUCCACCCCUUAUCCUGGCCGCCCUGGUGGCCUGUGUCAUUGUGCUCGGCUUCAACUACUGGAUUGCUAGCUCCAGAAGCGUGGAACUCCAGACACGCAUCGAAGAGCUGGAAGGCCGGGUCCGCAGGGCAGCUGCAGAGAGGGGUGCCGUAGAGCUGAAGAAGAAUGAGUUCCAGGGCGAGCUGCAGAAGCAGAGAGAGCAACUCGACAGGAUCCAGUCUAGCCACAGCUUCCAGAUGGAGAACGUCAACAGGUUACACCAGGACGAGAAGGCAAUUUUAGUAAAUAACAUCACCGCGGGCGAGAAGCUCAUUCGAGACCUGCAAGACCAGUUGAAGGCGAUGCAGAGGAGUUAUGGCAGGUUGCAGCAGGACAUCUUCCAGUUCCAGAAGAACCAGACCAGCCUGGAGAAGAAGUUCUCCUAUGACCUGAGCCAGUGUAUUAACCAGAUGAAAGAGGUGAAGGAACAGUGUGACGAGAGGAUAGAAGAGGUCAUCAGAAAGCGAAACGAAGCUCUGGUUUCCAGAGACGUGGCUCAAACAAACAACCAACACCAGCAGGCCCUCAAGCCCCAGCCCAAGCCUCAGGAAGCAGCCACGUCAAAGGAACAGAUGCCACAACAGAAAGGGGAUGUGCCCCAAAACAAGUCCCAGAUACCAGCCCCCAAUUCAGAGGGGUGGGAUUUGAAGCCACAGGUGCAGAAUGAGGAAACCAAUGAGAUUCGGGUUGUCAGUGAGGAGCAUGUUCUGCGACCGACGAAGGCAUCCCUCCAAGGGCAGGUAGUGGUGGAUGGCACACAUGUAGAAGCCAAGAAACUUAAUCAGCGCACACAGCUGCCUGCGGCCCUGUUGGCCAGGCCUGAGGAGGAUUCUCAGUACCCUGAGCGGGAGCAGCUUGUCAUCCGUGAUGGACAGGAGCAUCAGCAUGCUGCUGAGGAAGGGGGAGGCCAGCAGAACCUAGGAGAUGAAUACGAGCAGGAUGAAAACGAAGCAGAAUCCGAGAGGGAAAAGCAGGCAGCCCUUGCGGGGAAUGACAGAAAUAUAAAUGUUCUUAACGCUGCAGCUCAGGAGAGAGGCAUAAUAAAUGUACCUGAUGGGAGUGAAAAGCAGAGCCAUAUUCUAAAUCAAGUAGGCGUUCGUAUUCCUCAACAAGCCUGAAGAGAGAUCCUAUGGAGAUUCACCGUGACUCAACUGUGAAAUGUACCAAGUAAACGAACAUCGGCCAGUGAUUAUUGUGGGGUUUAAUCAGUACAUUUUAGCAAAGAAAAAAAUGGGACCAUCUCAGACAGUUUGGGGGUACUUUUAGAAGUGUCUAUAAAAGAUAUCAAAAUUGGUCAA